GUCGGCCGUUAACAAAAUAAAUAGCUCGCUUUUUAUUUAAAUCACCGACGCUUUGUACUCCUUUAUUGAAAAGCAGUGUGUGCAGGUAGUUAGUAGAUUAUUCUUGUAAAAAAAUGGAUAAAGGCCUCGUUAUAUUAUCAUAUGUGUUCUUCACAACGGGUGUGGUCACAGCUUCAUACCAAGGAUAUAACUUCACCGACAAAGACAUCCGACUGAUUGGUGGUUACAGCGCAUUGGAAGGACGAGUUGAGAUCAGAAUACAUGGCGUCUGGGGAACAAUGUGUUCUUACGGUUUCGAUAUGAAUGACGCAAAUGUACUGUGUAGAAUGCUGCACAUGGACCUACGUUCUUUAGACUAUUACAUCGACGGAAGAUAUGGGGUCGGACGUGGACCUAUAUUUUAUCUGCACUGCUCGGGUUGUCAAAAUGCAACACUAGAAACGUCCCAUGGUCUACUUGAGCACGUUAACAUAACCAACUUCGGUGAUGUAUACAGCGGCUCGUGUAUUCACGGACUGCCUUCACAAGAGUUCAUGUUUACAUGCACCCCAUUAGGCGGAUGGAUUGAACUAAUAAAUCAGUGUACAAAUACAGUCGUACGCAAUAUUCGCCUGACGGGUGACUACUACAUGGAAGGGUUUGUGGAGGUCUCGGUAGGUGACACGUGGCUUCCACUUUGUGGUUAUACGACAAUCAAUCGGAACAUAUAUUACAUAGACGUUUCAAAGGCAAACAUUGUUUGCUCUAUGAUUGGAAAAAGGUAUAAAGCAUCCAGUUACCUAGAGAAAUUAUUAGUGAAACCAGGUGUCACCAUAACCAGUUGCAUCGGUAAUGAAACCAGCAUAAGCUUCUGUAAGCAUUUAAAAGGUCACGUCUGUCACUAUCAGGCAUGGAUAGCAUGUCAAGAUAAUAGUAAAUACAACAUUAAAACAAUACAAUUAGAAAACGGGCCAAGUCCAUACGAAGGUCGCAUUGCAAUAAACGUGGAUAAUGCAACUGGUACAGUGUGUUUCGAUGGAUUUGACUAUGAAGAUGCCAAAGUCGUUUGCAAAAUGUUAGGAUUCAGUGCUUCAUCGUAUUACGUCGAUGCCUACGCAGUAGCGGAAGAACGAUAUGCAAUGAUAAAGAACCUUGCAUGUAAUGGAAACGAAAACCAUCUCCAUAACUGUUCGUAUAGUGUGCCGAGUUUUUUCAAUAAAUGUCAUUCUAAAUCAACGCGGAUCCUCUGUGUUGAAUGUGGUCGUCUGAAUGUUUCAAAUGGUUACGUACAGUCAUACGACUACACGACAAAUACUGCAACCGUUCGAUGCCAUACUGACAUUCCACGUACUGUCCAGUACAUCUGCAAUAGAACAGGGUCAUGGACAAGCACUUCAUCAUGUAGACCAAUACAAAUUCAGGGCGUACGACUCGUUGGCAUAAAUAGUACUUUACUCGGAGGAACGGUGGAACUUAAGAUUAACAACGUGUGGGGAACUAUUUGUGAUACUGGUUUGGGACGUGCUGAGAGACAAGUUUUAUGUAGAAUGAUGAAUUACAGGUAUGCAGGUUAUGAUUUAUAUGAUUAUAACACCCAUAGUAAUGUCGGAUUCGGCCCUGGUUCCGGUCCGAUACACAUGGAAUCGUUGCGCUGCAGUGGUUCAGAAAAGGACAUAAGUGAGUGUGCAUUUACUACAGAGACUACAUGCAGCCAUUCCAAUGAUGCCGGUGUAGUAUGCGGAGGUACAUUCUUCUACGAGACUGUAAAUAUUUCCGGCAUCAGGUUGGUAAACGGUUCAAGCCAAUUUAACGGAGUUUUGGAAUUGUUACAUGACGGUGUUUGGCGUUCAUUGUGUGGGCAUUUAAAUCAACCCAUAGAAAUGUGCAGCACGAUGAACAUGACUUAUAUAGACAACCGUUGCUGUGCUAAACAUGAACAUAGAAGUGGUUUGAUAUUUGGACGUUAUUUGCAUUGUGCUUCAAAAGAUGCAUUCAUCGGUGAAUGCAGGUAUGAAAACCGUCGGUAUAUGCGCCAUCUGAGGGACGGCUACUGUGACGGGUCCGUGAUACUUCUUUGCUCAGAAUGCCCAAAACUAAAUGUGUCGAGAGGUAAUCUUGUUUACUCUGAGGAUGGGACAACAGCUAACUUGAUAUGCAGCGAAGGAUACUUUUCAAAUAUUACAGCAUUUAGAUGCCAAAGUGGCAAAUGGUCUGCCAAUAAUGUAGAGUGUGUCUUAAUUCCAUCUUUGAACGUAACACAUGUUCGGCUCGCUGAUGGUCCUAAUACAAAUGCCGGAAGAUUGGAAAUAACUGUGAACAAUGCAUUCGGCACGAUAUGCGCCAAUGAGUUUAGCUAUUUGGACGGUGAUAUUGCAUGCAAAUCUAUAAAUCUAAGGUAUCGUGCUGCUGCUGUCUACAAUGGCUCGUUUUUCGGACCCGGUACAGGACCUAUUUAUAUCGAUCAGCUGGACUGUACAUCUGAUCGUACAAGCAUUAAGGAUUGCCUGUACAGGACAACAGGUGUUUGCAAUCACUCCAAUGAUGUUUCAUUGGUUUGCAACGAAUGUGGCAAACUUGUCACCAACUUGGAUGACAAGUUGUUUCUAUUCAAUGACUCGAACAUAGUAAUGUACGGCGAUUGCUCUUUCUACAAGUCCUACUUUGGUCAGCUGCGCGCGAUCUGCGAAAACGGCACGUGGAAAACCAUCGGAAACUGCAUCGAGUACAGUAAACCCCUGGAGGUGCAAGGUGUUCGUCUUGUGAAUGGAAGCAACCCAGCCGAGGGUCGGGUCGAGAUAAAAGGGUUUGACACCUGGGGCACCGUAUGUAGUGAUGACUUUGGGAUAAAAGAAGCGGAGGUGAUUUGCAGAAUGCUGGGAUACUUGCAUGCCAAGUCCGUUGCUGUCAAAGGAAGUUAUGGAAUUGGAUCUGGUCCCAUUUUCAUCGACGAACUCAACUGUGGAGACGAUGCCUCUCAUAUCAACGACUGUGAAUACAACACUUACCAUAACUGUUCUCACGAGCAUGAUGUGUCUGUGAUUUGCACUGAUUGUGACAACGUUGAAAUACACGAAGGGCGCAUACAAACUUAUCCAGUCAUGACAACGGUCAAUGCAUCUUUAACGUUUUCUUGCAAUGAAGGAUUUGCAUUGAUUGGGGCAGAUAUUAUAACAUGCGAACUGUCAGGAAAAUGGAGCAGUUCACCACCUGAGUGUACGAAGAAAUCAAAUCUGACUCUGAUACUCGGUGAAUCAAUUGGUUCUGGGAUCAUGGUCGUUAUGGCAAUUAUAGCUGUUUCCGUUGUUUGCUUCAUGCACAGAAGAAAUCUGACGUUGAGCAACAUUUUCAGAAAAUCGAAAGAUAUGAGUGUGACGACAAACCCGAAUACCUAUGUAUCAUCACUUAACAGGGCGAAUGCUGGAGCCGAUCGAACGUAUGUCAACUCAGGAAUGGACAGCUCCACGGAAGAGUAUGUUGUGAUGGACGAUAUAACUCACCCGGACGAAAAACGAGAGACAGACAGGUAA